AUGACUCUAGCAGGUCUUCUUAAUGAUAUUCUAUCAGUGAUUAAAUUUAAUAGUGAAGUAUUAAGACAAACUGCAUGUUAUAUCUAUUUAUUAAGUUCAUCAAUCAAUACAUCAAUAAUGAUAAUUGUAUUUGCAUUGAAAUUUUUGAUACUUAUUAUUGCUCAAAUGACAUACAUUAAAAAUCGAUUGUUUCUUUAUGUUCAAUGUAGAUCACUUGAUUUUCUAUUACGAAUCGGUCUUAAUAUGGAUCAAUGGUUAAGUGUUUGUGUAGCUAUUGAAAGAACAAUUAUUGUAUUAAAAAGAACUCAUUUUAAUCGAAACAAGAGUAAACAAUUGGCUAAAUAUAUCAUUCUAAUACUACUGUUAUUAACAAUUAGUAAAGGUAUGCAUGAUCCUUUUCACUGA